UGUCGACGACGACAUGGGACACACCAUUACUGAUAAAAUUAUCUCUCCGAUGUGAUCUUCGCCGUGUUGAUAUAUAUAUGUAUCCCGCUAGAAAAGACAAUUUUUGAGGACUGCCCUCUGAAUGCAUGUCCCUUCGGUGGGGACUGGAAUGUGGGCUACUGAUUUUGCCAGUACUUUUCCAUCAGCAAACGUCGUCGGGACGGACUUGAGUCCGAUCCAGCCCCUUUAUGUUCCUCCCAAUUGCCGCUUUGAAAUAGAAGAUGCAGAAGACGAGUGGUCCUUCCCAUAUCCCUUUGACUACAUCCAUGACCGGGCUCUAGCAACCUGCUUUAAAGACCACGCACCUGUUUUCCAAUCCGCUUUCAAUGCCUUACGUUCAGGGGGUUAUUUCGAAGUGCAAGGCGUCGUCAUCCCUUUUCGAUGUAUAGACGAUUCAAUGAAAGGCACAGCAUUCGAACGGUGGCUGGGACUUGCGAAAUAGGCGGCAAAUGCACUCGGCGGGGCUUUUGGAAAAAGUCCCAAAUUACAAGUCGUACUUCGAGCAAGACGGCUUCGUGGAUGUCGUUGAGAAGCAGUUGACUUGGCCGAUUGGAAGUUAGGCGAGAGACCACGGAUGAAGAUGCUUGGUAGGAGGAGUAGGGAAGAUGUGCGUUCUGGGUUGCAUGGGUGGAGUGCUGCCGUACUGACGAGAGGCCUCGGCAUGUCGUCUCAGGAGGUUGAGAUCUUGCUGAUGGAGGUGAAGAAUGAUAUCAACUCGAAUUGGCUACACGCAUAUAUCCCGAUGUACGUACUA